GCAAUCCGCCAAAUUCAAAUAUCACAACAACACACGAUGGAGGACAGAGUAGCGAGCACGACGGCGACGACGGCCACGACAUCGACGAGGCAGCCUCGCUUUGACGCAGCGCUGCUGGGCAGACGCCAGCGUCGACGACAGCACAACAACAAAGAUGGCACCGCGAAGAAUGCAGCAACUGACAUUUGCAGCGGCAGCAGCAGCAAGGACAAGGCGCCCCGACGAGUGCCUCUCGGAACUGUCAACACCAACGUCUCCGGACCAAGCCGAGAGUUGGCACCGUGGAAGGCUGCAGCACGCGCAAGGAAAGAACGUGGUGGGCCGCAAAAGCAACCCACAGAACAGCACCGUGAUGUUGAGGGACAGCAACCACAGAACAGGCCACUGCGAUCCCUCAGGACAUGCGCGGGGACAACCAAGCGGCGAUCUCAGGAAAAGAACACCAACGCCUCAAUCGAGCCAGGCAAAGUGUCCGCAGCACUUCGUGCCAUUGCCCGCUCAAUGCGAACAAGCGGCGGUGGCAGCAGACGGGAGAGCGAAGAGUCCACAGGCACUGAAACAUCCACAGCACCGACAUUAACAGAGCCGUCGCCUUGCUCCCACAAGCGCUCUCAGCCAAAAAACACAGAUAGCAGUGGCACCACCACCACCACCACCACCACCAACAGCAGCACUCGCAAACCACUUCAUGUGAGUGAUCGAAAGAGGUUUGCUGACCCAGGUGCAGUGGACUUGAAGGCAUCAGACCAGCACCACCGCACCACCCCUGCACGUGACACCACCACCUCCACCAGCAACAGCAACAGCAGCAACAACCACGAACACCGCAAGCACCCGUCACUGCAGCUGUGCGGACAGGCCCAGCAUCAGCGCCGCUCAAAACCAAAACGCGUUGCUUUCAACCGCACUGCAUCUGCAAUGACGGGAGCAGAGGCCGCUGACUUGGUGGCCAUGUUCGAUGCUUCGCUCAAGACACCCUCUCCGCAGCCGCAGCCACCCCGACACAAAGGGGAGGACCAGCAGCGAAACGAACACAGUCCUUCCAUGCAGCAGCAGCAGCAGCAUCGACAGCAGCAGCAGCAGCAGCAGCAUCGACAGCAGCAGCAACAGAAGGAGCGCUGUGUAGAGGAGCAAGUGUAUCGCACUGCAGCCAAGCUGCAACAGCAACAAGAACGGCGGCGGCCUGAGAUUGGACUGCUGCGACGUUUGGGCAUGCUGGACUCACCCGAGGUGUCAUUGCUUGACGGUGAGGCGGUGACGACGACAACGACGACAACGAGAACAGCAGCAGCAACAACAGCAGCAGCAGCAGCAGCAGCAGCAACUGUGCCAGUGGCUGCCACGAUGAGCAAGAAGGUUAAUGAGGGGCAUGGCAAAUUAAGCGAACGAACGGAUGCGCGCACAUGCGCGGGCAGCGAAGAACAGCACGACUGUAGUGUUGACCGCAAAAGGGGCGAUGGCAGCAACGGCAUGACAGAAGCCCGUGCUCACGUGGAAGACACAGUGACGGAGACGACGGAGACGGGCAGCAUGGAAGAAACUGCUGAUGCACACGCACAUUCUUCAAUUGCGCAAGGCGAUGCAGACCUGGAAGCUCCAACCUCUGAAAUGAGUGCACUUGUGCUUAGCAGCACCGAGACGGAAGAGCAAAUGGAGGAAGUGGUGGAGGAAAGUGAAGACGUGACUGUCGAGGAAGAAACGGAAGUUGAGAAGGAGACGGACAGGGAUGGGGACAAGGAGGAGGAAUGGGAACUUCUCAGUCAAGAAGAAGAGGAGGAAGAGACAGACACGGCGGAGGACAGCGGUGAAGGGAUUGCUGAUGCACAAGAAGACAGCGUGGAGAUGCAAGCAAGCGUUGACGUAUCCAUGACAGAGAGCGAUGUACCGCUUGACGCUUCUGCAGAACUUUUCGCUGACAGCAAUGAUGAAGAGUGCAUUGCCACCAACAGCGACGCCAGUGUCAUUAGCACCUACAGCAGCAACAGCAGCGCCAGCCACGAUUGUACUGAGGCGGCGUCCGAGAAGAAACACAGCGAGCAGGAGAAUGACGAAGACUGCAAGAUGGAGGCCAGUGAUGUUGAGGACGCAAGCGAGCAGCAAAACCAUGAACAAGAUCGCACAAGCGUCGCGGUAUCCGAUAUUCUUGAGUUGUGCCACCAGCCGACCCCAUGCACAUUCGUGGAUGCAUUCGGUGGUGACGAUGCCUUGGCCGCGUGCAUCAAGGUGGGCGAAGGCUCCUAUGGAGAGGUGUUCGCGCUCACGCCCGCAACAUUGGCGGCAGCGAGCGAGAAGUGCCAGCACGAGUGGCACGAUGCUGCAUCUCAUGGUGUCGCAUUCAAGCUGAUGCCCGUGGAUGGGGAGACCGAGAUCAACGGAGGGCUGCCGAAGCGCACACAUGAGAUGGUGUCUGAGAUUGCAUGCACGCUCCUCCUGUCAGCUGUGAGCGAAGGGCUGACGACACGGGAGAAUCCAGAGGAAGUUGCCUUGCAGAUCCCGACGUUUAUUCGCACGCACAAGCUGAGUCUAUGCCAAGGACAAAUGCCAGCACCGCUCCUUGACCAGUGGGAUUGCUUCCUUGCCAAUGACAAAAACGGCGAAUGUGAGAACGAGCGUCCCGAUGUGUUCCCCGCGGAGCAGUUACAUCUCUGCUUUGCUUUUGAAAAUGGCGGCAAGAGCCUGGAACACUUCAAGUUCACGUCUCUGCACCAAGCACAGUUUGUCCUGCUGCAAGUCCUGGUCAGCGUGGGCCUGACGGAGCGUGCGCUUCAGUUUGAGCACCGAGACUUGCAUGUUGGCAAUGUGCUUGUUCGGCAAACGAAGACAAAGCACGUGUGCAUGAUGUAUGCGUCGCAAGAAGUGCUUGUGCCGACUGGCGGGUUUGAGGCGAGAAUCAUCGACUUUACGCUCUCUCGUAUUGACCGAUCGCGGCUGGAUCUUCACAGGCGCCAGCUCCUUCCACCGCCAUCGUUCGAUGCCGAUGUACACCACCGCCACCAUGCUGACUCACAUGGCAGCAACACCACAGCCAGCGCAAGCAACGACACACGCGACAAUGACGACAACAACCACAGCAGCAGGGAGGGUAUUGCCUUCUUUGACCUUGCUGAUGAUCCUGACAUCUUCUGUGGCGAAGGCGACAUCCAAUUCGAUGUGUACCGUGACAUGCGCGAGCUUGUCACCACCGGCUGGCACGAGUUUCUGCCACGGACCAAUGUCUUGUGGAUCGAGUAUCUCACGAAACAUAUCCUCAACAAGAAGUACACAUCCACGGCCAAACGUGAGGCAAAAGUGCGCAAGAGUUUGGACGGUUUCUUGUCGCGGAUCUGCGGAUAUGCGUCUUGCUUCGAAGCCAUCUGCAACGACGCGUUCGUGAAACAGCACGUGGACCUGUCCUCCAUAUUUCAGAAAGAACAGUGA